GGCCUGGCUGCAGAUGCGGUGGUGGCUGCCGAGCGCCUGGAGGGAGCUGCUGACCAGGCCGAGGAAGCCCCCGCCCGAGAUCGCGCCGCCGCCGCCGCCGCCGCCGCCAUGGCUACAAAAGACCCCACAGCUGUAGAGAGAGCAAACUUGUUAAACAUGGCUAAACUGAGUAUCAAAGGACUCAUUGAAUCUGCUCUGAGCUUUGGCCGCACUUUGGAUUCUGACUAUCCCCCCUUGCAGCAAUUCUUUGUUGUUAUGGAACAUUGCCUGAAACAUGGUCUUAAAGUAAGAAAAUCAUUUUUGAGUUAUAACAAAACCAUCUGGGGCCCUUUGGAACUGGUGGAGAAGUUGUACCCAGAAGCAGAGGAAAUAGGAGCCAGUGUCCGGGAUCUACCUGGUCUGAAGACCCCUCUUGGUCGAGCAAGAGCAUGGCUUCGAUUAGCCCUUAUGCAAAAAAAAAUGGCCGAUUACUUACGUUGCUUGAUUAUUCAGAGGGAUCUCUUAAGUGAGUUUUAUGAGUAUCAUGCACUAAUGAUGGAAGAAGAAGGAGCAGUAAUUGUUGGGCUGCUGGUUGGCCUGAAUGUGAUCGAUGCUAAUCUGUGUGUGAAGGGAGAGGAUUUAGACUCACAAGUUGGAGUGAUUGAUUUUUCUAUGUAUUUAAAGAAUGAAGAAGAUAUUGGAAAUAAAGAAAGGAAUGUUCAAAUUGCUGCCAUAUUGGACCAAAAGAAUUAUGUUGAAGAAUUAAAUAGACAACUGAACAGCACAGUCAGCAGCCUCCAUUCAAGAGUUGAUUCAUUAGAAAAGUCAAAUACUAAGCUGAUUGAAGAGUUAGCAAUAGCAAAGAAUAACAUCAUUAAACUCCAAGAAGAAAAUCAUCAGUUACGAAGUGAAAAUAAAUUGAUUUUGAUGAAAACACAGCAGCACCUAGAGGUUACCAAAGUAGAUGUGGAAACUGAGCUUCAAACAUAUAAGCAUUCUCGUCAGGGGCUAGACGAAAUGUACAAUGAAGCUAGAAGGCAGCUUCGAGAUGAAUCUCAGUUACGACAAGAUGUAGAGAAUGAGCUAGCAGUACAAGUUAGUAUGAAGCAUGAGAUUGAACUUGCCAUGAAGUUGCUGGAGAAAGAUAUCCAUGAGAAACAAGAUACUCUAAUAGGCCUUCGACAACAGCUAGAGGAAGUUAAAGCAAUUAACAUAGAGAUGUAUCAAAAGUUGCAGGGUUCUGAAGAUGGCUUGAAAGAAAAAAAUGAAAUAAUUGCCCGACUAGAAGAAAAAACCAACAAAAUUACUGCAGCCAUGAGGCAGCUGGAACAAAGUGAUAACGAUUUGUUAACUCAAACUAGGACAAUUGCAAUGUCAUUGGUGAAAUGUGCCAGCAGUGACACGCAGGACCAGUACAAGCUGGUCAAAGAUAUAUCUUUCUGAAGACCACUUGUAUUUAAACAGACUAAAUGAAAAGAGAAUCAACAAUUUUAUAAUACAUUAACUAGAAAGGAGUCUAUGCUACUAAAGAUUCUAAAAGGGUGUUAGGAACCCUGUACAUUUCUUGGUCAGCUGCUGUGGUAAUACACUGCCAUUAAGCAGAGUGGGUGCACUUGGAUUUCUAGACAUACAUUCCUCAAACCUUGUGCACGAAGGGUGAUUUGAGUAUUGACCCUUUGGAGGUCGGGAUUUUCAAAUGCAGUUUUAUCUUUUUAGCUACUUUUUGAUGAAAAAUAUAAAGAUUGUUUAAAAAUAACUUAACCUUUGGUUUUAUACUGCAUUGGCACAGAUAUUUUUUUCUCAUUGGCCCACUCUUUGCCCAACGGUUCCCUUACCUGAUUUUUACAUAUGCUUCAAAAUAACUUAUAACCCAGACUGGCCAACAUCCUGUGCUUCAGCUUCUCAGUUUUCCAGUUCUCCCUUGCCCUCUUCUGUGAUAGCACAACUUCAAGGCCUACCUCACUCUUUUAUUUUCCUUUCUGUAACCUUAGAGAAAAGCUUGGGUCCGUCCCCACCACCUGAAUAUUUUAAUUUAAUCUUAGAUUUGGAGAUAACUUGAAUGAUAACUCUCCUUUCCUUGGAAGCAGCAUUUAUACCCCUGAAAUAUGUGAGGGUUGUUCCAUUGGUAUGGUUUUAGGGAAGAAAGGAAGAGUUUUUUUAGUUAGUUGAACCGAAAUUUCUCUUGUAAUUUCCUGCAAGGAGUUAAUAUCCUUUGAAUCUUGGUAAAUAUUUUCUUAUAAAAAUAUUGAGGUUAAAUAUAAGAAAUCCUAGAUGGCCAAAGAAGGCAGGGAGUGGAACUAAGCACAGGAAAAUGCAGCGACUUACAAAUAAAAACAGGAAAGAUGAAAAUCACAAUAUUUUAGCUAAUUUUUAAUAUUAAAUGGUGAGGAACAAAAAUGAUCUCUAGUGAAUGAUGCCAACUGGCACCAAAUUCUUUUUGAAUCUUAAACAUAUAUGCACACGUGCACACACACACAUGCAUAGAGCUUCGGCAUAAUUUAGUAAAUGCAUAAAGAUGCUGUAAGAAGGAGUUGGCUAUCAUUUGGAGUAAUUGCAGGUCUUUGCUCUUGGCCUUGUAGCACACUUGAUUCCUGGCAUACACAUCCUAGCUUAACAUAUAACUGUGGCUUCUUCACCUAGUGUAGGCAUAAAUCCUUUACUUUUCAUGGUUUUGAAAAAAGGUAGUAACAUACCUAUUAUGCUUUGAAAUUUGAUUCAUUAUGCUCUGCAUAAGUGGUAAAGGCUGUAUUGCUUUGCACUGUUAAUUACGAACAAGAAAUAAAACAAAUUUGAAGAUAGUAUUCUGGGCAUACUACAUGUUAUAUUGA